UACAACGUAAUAUGUUUAGCAUUAUUUAUUGCCAUCAUGAUUUAUAUUAAUUUUAUGCUUUUGUAUCAGUAUUAUCUUUGCUUUGCAAUACAAUAUCGCGGUGGUACUUAAUAUCCAUAUUACUUUCAAAUUACUGAUUGCAACAUGCCCGGGCUAAAGAUGAUUGAUUCCACGUUGGUCUAAUAAUGGUCGAUUAAUUGUGAUCUAAUAUAUUAUUAUUGGUUGAAUAUUUAUAAAUAUAUCUGCCAAUACACUACGAUGCGUAUUUGCAUUACUGUGCGCGAUUUAUAUGCGCUGCGCUUACAGCGGUCAAAGAAUUGUUGGAUGGGCUUGUACAAACUGCCACAAACAGUCACAAACUGUCGCAAACAACCCGCUGAAGUUUGUUAUGUUAUUGUUAGGACUUGUCAGAAGAUCUACGAAAACUUGAUGUUGGCUGCGACGUAACAAUUUGAUCCAUGGAGACGAAGGAUUCCCAGUUUCUACUUCCUACGCAAGCCUGUCGAAUAUACGGAACGGUGGUGUCUGGGUUUGAAAGUGUUGCACGCGAAGAGUGCGAGGAGCAUUUUGGUUCUGAUGUUUCGGAUAUAACAACCGAGCGCGGUGCCAUAUUCUUCAGUGUGCCUUUAUCCAGGAUAAACGAUAUCUUCACGUUGCGCAGUGUGGACAAUCUGUACUCGGUUUUGUUAGAAAAUAACAUUGCAUUUAGUGAUACGAAGGAAACUGCGCUGCAGCAGGUGAAGUCGAUCGCGAUCCGCGAUGAUGUGGACUGGAAAACGGGAUUCGCGGUUUGGAAAGCAGCCAUGCAGCAGUUGGAAGUGGACCGAUUCCAGCGGAAUCAGAUUGAUAUUCCCAAGAGUGUUCUGCCUCCAACUGAAUUCGUUCCAUCGUACCGUGCCACAUGCUACAGAAGCGGAAAGCAUUGUUUUACUUCGCAGGAAGCUAUGCCGGCAUUUGGUGGAGCACUGAAUACAGCUUUCGAGUGGAAAGUUAAUUUGACGGAUUACGAUGUGGAGGCUGUGCUUAUUGUGGAUGGCGAGCGGGUCCGCGUCUGUCUUACGUUGACAAGAGAACCUUUAUUUAAACGAAAUAUUACUCACUUUGGCCGAAGUACGUUGAAGAGUACCAUUUCGUACAGCAUGCUCCGGCUAGCCGAAAUUAAAUCCGGCGACAUCGUAUGCGAUCCCAUGUGUGGAAGCGGAUCAAUCCCCCUCGAAGCGGCUGCAUCUUAUCCCGGCACUUACUUCUUGGCCGGCGAUAAUUUUGCGCUAGCUUGCGAAAGCACCCUGAGGAAUUGCAAAGAAAUGCCUAGUAAAACCGGCAAAACUAUGUCAACAGUAGAUGUCCUGCACUGUGAUUUGGCAGCUUUUCCUUUCCGACCUCAUAGCGUGGAUGCCUGGAUAUCAGAUUUCCCUUUCGGGAAGCGUCAUAAGUGUGACCGAAGAACAUUGUACCCUAAAGCGUUGGACGCCAUGGCAAAUGCAUCUAAAGAAGGAAUUACCCGAGCGGUCAUUCUCACCAUGGACCGACGCGCCUUCUCCGAAGCUGUCAAAACGAGGAAACAGUGGUAUAUCAGACGGAUGAUCAAUAUUAACAUUGGUGGUUUAAGUGCCUGCGUUUACUGUUUACUGCGCACUUCGUUGCAUGUAUAAGUAACUGCAUUGUUCUGGUUCUGGAUGAUCUCCAGUUCCCUGGCUAAAAUCGAUCAUUUGGUACAUAAAUUUUUGUUUUUUAAAGAUGUUUACGAUAUGCUGGCGGUGGAUCGCACGCAGUUGGUUCAGGAAGGCCCUCCGACUGGUGCAUCGGGCUCGAAAGCGGCCAAGACGCCCAAGACGAAGAAGAUUCCCAAGGGAAUGUCGCGCGAGCUCUUCAGCAUCAUGGCUGUCGACGGGGAUCUACCGGAGACCUACACCACCAUCCCCACCACCCCACCGGUCACAGAAUCCUGGCGUAAGACCAUCCAUCGCGAUAAGAAGCGCCGCGCGCGACGUUGGCAGUUAGGCGCGUUCAAUCCGUUGGCCAAACCCGAAGGAAAGAAGUUCCUCUCGCACUGGAGCAAAGCGGAGGAUGUGGACAAGGAUUAUCCGUUCUCUAAACUAGCCCCCCAUACGUUUGUGGAGCCGUUGGAUUUGCCGAAAUUCUCCUCGGCGGAGUACAAGAUGAUGCCGUCGGAGUUUGGUGAUUCGUGGACGGAAGACGCGACGCGCCACUUGAUGGAUUUAGUCAGUCAGUUCGAUAUGCGCUUCGAGGUGCUGCAGUAUUUCUGGGACACGGAACGGUUCGGGAAGCGGGAUUGUGUCGAUCUGCGAGCGCGUUUCACAGAUGUGUACAAUUUCAUGCUGCGAAUCAGAAAUGAUAAACGGCCGCCGCUACCACCCUAUGAUGCUGCUUCGGAGAAAAAACGACGUUUGCAGCUGGACCGUCUGCAAUUAAGGACGCAGGAAGAAAUUGAUGAGCACGCACAGCUUAAAGAUCAGGAGCGAAAAAUCAAAUCCAACCGGGCAGAACGAGAAAGGCGCCAUGGUGCCAUUCAGAUGUCGCUGACGAAUUUCCAUAAUCGUACCGGAUCCGAACCGCGGACACCGGGCUCUCGUCCAGUUCAGCGUACGGGCGAAAAAGCUCAGUCGACUACGAGUACGAAACAGAAAAAGAAGGCUGCCACCACAGUGAAAAAGGGCGAUAAAAGGAAAAGUGUGGAUGCCGGACCAGCUGGAUUCAUGCUGAACUUGGAAGCUAAUUUAAAGUUCCCCGAACUGAAGGCUCCAGGUGUUUAUGCCCGCAGCGGCUGUCUUAAAUUACCGAACAAUCUCAGCACGAAGAAAGCUACAGCCAUCAAAGUCAUGACCAAUGAACUGGGUUUGGAAGAGCAUCCUAUGGCCGACCAGAGCGUGAUUGAAGAAUACAACAAGGCACGCAACGAUUUGUACCUCCUGUAUGAAAUCAAGAAUGCCAUGGCCAGUGCCACAACCGAUCUGCAGCAUUUGAAAGCUGAAGCCGGAGAACGCGCCUCCGAUCCGCAGAUUGCUGCGCUGUUCGAUGAAGCUGAGCGCGCUCUGAAUCGCGAUGCUGGCAAGAAACUCAUCAGCAGUGUUAUCGACGUUACGCCGACGACAUCGGGAAUGCGUAAUCGACGGAAAACAGCAGCGGAACAAAUUCGCCAUCAGAGGACAAGCACGUCCGCGGGAGCUGAGUUGUAAUCAAAUUUGUGCGUUAAAGUCUGUGCCUGCCUUCGCAUCUGCGGAUUUAUUAAAGAAAAUGUCGAUUUAUGAGCUAUGCUAUUGUUCCAUUUAUUUAUCUUUAAAUCUCCAUCGACUGUGAAUUAUGAACAUAAUCUGGAUGGAUUUCCAGAACGGAAGUCCGAUUCUGUUUUCGCACUACCUUGAGUUGUUCAUCGUUAUUGAUACUUAAUAAUAUUUUAUUGGUGUA